UUUUACUCAGGGUUUGAGGUGAUGAGAUCGCAUCAAUCCUUAGUCAGUUUCACCACGCCACACAAACUUGUUCCAUCUUCCCUUUUACUAUCUGCAGAGGACGUUUUGUGGUGGUUCAAAUCAUCGAAUUUGGAGAAAUGCCACCUCAAAUGGAGUACAAUUACGAAGAGAGCAGGGUUCCGUCCGUGUACAUGGCAGAUGAGAAAACUCAGGAGCCGGCUAUCAACUGUAUGUUGGUCGGAGAUGGCGCCGUGGGAAAGACCAGCAUGAUUGUUAGCUAUACUACCAACGGAUAUCCCACGGAAUAUAAACAGACUGCCUUUGAUGUCUUCUCUGGGCAGGUUCAAGUGGAUGGGACACCAGUACGCAUUCAAUUGACGGACACUGCAGGACAGGAGGAGUUUGAUGGAUUCCGCUCCCUGUGUUACGCUGAGACCGACGUCUUCCUCCUCUGCUUCAGUGUCGUCAACCCCACGUCCUUCCAGAACAUCACAAAAAAAUGGAUCCCGGAAAUUCGGGCAUACAAUCCGGCUUCUCCCAUUAUCUUGGUUGGGACUCAAUCAGACCUCCUGAAUGAUGUCAAUGUGCUCAUAAACCUGGACAGUCUGAAGGUCAAGCCGAUCCUGAAGUCGCGAGCCCUUGGGCUGGCCGAGAAGAUCCGAGCGCAGGAUUACGUGGAGUGCUCUGCACUGACGCAGAAGAACCUGAAAGAGGCCUUUGACACGGCCAUCUUUGCCGGUAUCAAGCACAAGGCCCGAAAGGCCAGGAAGCUACGAUUUUCAGACCGCGCGAGAGCGUUUUCCAAGUGCGGCUGGAAGAAGUUCUUCUGCUUUGUCUGACCGGGCUAGACCAUGGUUAAAAACUAUUAUUUAUUUAUUUAUUUAUUCUUACGUGAACAUUUGAGCCUCCCUGAUGGGUAUGCUGCCCUCCAGCAGAGGGUUCUUGGUGAAGGACAGAAAUAAUCGCUGGAGCCAUUCUGUGGUUUCUUGCUGAAUGGAUUCAGUCAAUCGGGGAAUCCCUGAAUGAAGGGGGGCAAGUGUACUUGAUUGUCAUGUUAUUUAAGGGUGAAGUGGAUUAUGAAUUUUUGUUUUGGCGAUUGCCAAAUUUUAAGGAGGGCCCCUGGGAAUAUUCCAUAAAAAAGGUCUUGAUUUAUAAUUGACAGGGAAGCCAAUUUUGAAUCUUAACUUUCUGAAGGGUGAGUUGGAAAGGCAUAUCAAAUUUGGAUUUCUCAGUUCUCCUUCUUAAAAUGACAUGAGUCUACCAAAAUGAGUCCACUUCAGUUUAUAAUGUAAUCUGAUUAUUUACUGCCCACUUGUCCGUUCUCCAAAAUUUUAAGAGAAGAUGUAAUCCGUGCCAGAACUAUAAGCCAUUUCACAACGUGCAAACUUGUGUCGCCGGGCCAGGUUUCUCUUAUUGAAACAUACCAGUUAGAGACACAGGAUUGUGGUAGGUGUCAUUUUUAGUUCAUGUGUGAAUGACUAAUGUGAAGUGGCCACACAUUGACCAACAGACAUUGUAUUCAAUCACGGCCCGUCUGCCAGCCAAGCUUUUCCUUAUUUGCAAUGCAGUUUCUGCUGUUCCAAAUGAAAUACUCCCAGAACUACUGCUUUGCAUUAAUCACCUUUGCUUAGCGUACAGUAGUAUGCGUAUUUAGUAAUCUAAUAUCUUGCAGAAGGCGUCUGUUGAACAGCAUUUGUUGAGAAUAAAGCAUUUCCCAUGGUAACUAAAAAGGCCACCAUCCAAACACUACACAAGUCCUAUAGGCACAUUAUUUUUGAGUCAAUUAAUAGAUAAUUAUCACACUAUUAAUUCUGGCAGGAUUCACAUAUAAUAGGGAAAUUUGGGCACACUUUAGCAGUCUACUAUUUACAUGUUUGAAUUAAAACACUCUAUUUAUGCUUCUUGUAGAAGCGUCUUCAGUAUUUUCUGUAAACCAUACAUUGGUAUAUGUAGCUUUUUGAUGCAAACUUGACAAUGCCAAAUUAUAUUUUUUGCUAAUACAUUCCAUUUUGUUGUUUUUUCUUUCACACACUCGGUUUUUUUUUUCAUUGCAAAAGAUUUUCUCACUUUUCAUGGGUUAUUUUUUGGAAUGGCAUUUUUGGUGUAUGUUUAUAUGAAAUGCAAACAAAUAAAUUAUGUAAGAAAAUGACAAA